UAAAAGAAAAAUCUCGUGAACAAACUAUACCAAAUGAUAGAGGAACCAUUUAUCUACCUGUUUGUGUUGUUAGUUUUUUAGAUUACGUUUUAGUUCGCGAGAAAUCGUCAAAUGAAGUGUUUGUUUACAAAAGCAAUUACGACCUUAUCUCGAAGUUCUCCUGUUUUAUCAUCGAGUUUUUUUGCAGCAGUAUAAUAAUUAUUAUCAGUUUUACCAGUGUUCUCCGUGCAAUAAUCUACGUUCUCGAAAUCCUCUGCGGUCAUGAAUGUGUUAAUCGGCGAUAAGCGCGAUAACGGAACCACCGUUUUCGUAAUUCAUCAGUAUUAGUACCUGAGCGUACGGCUCCGGCUGCCGCCCCAAUCUUUCAUCAACCUUCAGUCCAGUCCGGUAGUUGUGUAUUAACUGCUGAUCGUUAUCUUAUCAUCUACAUCGUCACCCUUGCGAAUCUCAAAAUACGGUAAAAAUCGUUAUAUUUAUUAGUCCAUAAGUGAACCUCGACGAAGAUGGUCUCCAUCAUUCCAUUCUAUGCUAAUGGUAAAAACAAACGGAAAGUGUUCCUCUCGGUUGGCCUGGUGCUGGCUAUGGUAUACGUCUUGUACUCGAUCGACUAUCAGCCAUUACACGAGAACUGCUUUGCCCGAGAAUUCCCCGACCCGUUCCGGGUACUGGAAGAUGUGCAGCAAUCACACAAACAACCUCAACACGGGAAGAACAUCUUCUUCCAUGAAACGUCCUGCUCUGCAGAUGGGAUAAUUAGGCUGAAUGCUCGCCAAGCGUGUGCCAUCGAAUCGGCCGCACGGAUGAACCCCAACUGGAAUGCGUUCGUGCUGUUCGCAGCCCCGGUGGGAUUCCGUAAUAAGAGUGCGCUUCCACUGCUGGACGCUCUGCACGCGUAUCCCAACAUCAAUCUGCGGUACGUGAACCUCUCGACCUACGCUCAGGAUACGCCGCUGGAAGAUUGGAUGCACACUGGAGAAAUUUUCCGCUCCAAGUACAUGAAUUCCCACCUGUCGGACGUUAUGCGAUAUCUGACGCUGUUCAAGUACGGCGGAACCUAUCUGGACUUGGACGUAGUGGUGCUGAAGUCGUUCGAUACGAUGGAACCGAACUAUGCCGGGGCGGAAUCGCCCCGCUGGGUGGCAGCCGGAGUCAUCAACUUUGAAUCCGACGGACACGGGCACGAGUUGGCGGCGAUGUGCGUCAGGGACCUAUUGAUCAACUUCAACGGCCAGGACUGGGGCAACAAUGGACCGGGCGUAAUCACCCGGGUGCUGAAGCGAAUAUGCAGCACCAAGGCACCGCUGAUGAUGACACGCGAGCGCUGCCGCUACUUCACCGUGUACCCACCGGAGGCCUUCUAUGCCAUAAACUUCGACGACUAUCUGCAGUUCUUCGAGGAACGGUGGCUGGACCAAGCGCUCGCCACCCUCAACCGAUCCAUCGUGACGCACGUGUGGAACAAGUUUAGCAGGGAUAACAAGGUACGGGUUGGCUCCCGGGUUGCCUACGGGGUGCUAGCGGAACAGUACUGUCCGCGUGUCUACAAAGCGAGCGGGGAGUUUUUCUAGCUUAGAGGUUCGAUCGUCUGUCGGGUUGAGUUGGGUUGUACGUUCAACAGAUGUGUGGGUGUGUGAGUGUGGGGGUUGUCGCAUUUAGCAUAAAUUUUCCCGGAAAACCGAUAGAAAUGUUCUACGAAGGAAGCUUCUAUAGUUGUAGCAUGACUGAAACUAACUCGAAUAACACGCUGGGUACCUCGAAACAAAAAAACAAUAUCGCGGAAGCUUGGAAGAUAUCGUUUUUAGCCAAAUUAUCAAAACUUAGGCAAGAUAGAGUGAAACAAAAAAACAGAUUAUUCCGGAAAAUUGUGUUCUGCGAAAAAAAAAAUCCCUGGAGAGCUUUGUGCCGAAUGAGCUUCUCCCGUGAGUGUGUAUUAUUUCGUACGUGUUACUAAGGCAUGGUUAAGUUUUAGAAUAAUUAAAUAUUAAGGAGAGGAAAAGCAAAGCAAGAUCCUAGAUGUGUAAUAUGCAUUUUAAGUAAACAUUUGGUGUUAGAAUUUCUAUUAUGCGUUUCUAGAGUGCUGAUGUUUGUAACUAGUGCCUACAUCUACUCUUUCUCCUACGUCUAUGCAGGCAUCAAUCCACAAACUAUGGUAAGCGCAAAACAAAUAACAGUAUUUCCAGCUGUAAAUCUAAUGGCUGUCAAACCUAACCUACGAAAUACUGAAUGCCAUUAUUAUGUCUCGAAAAAAUCAGGCACAGUGAUAGGAGCAACAGACUCCGAUAUUUAAAUGUUCUGCAUGAAGAUGCCUUUAUUGGUCUAUUUGCCUCAUUUUACCAUCUUCUACGCAUUACCUCGCAUCUCACAAAAUUCAUGUCAGGGCCACGAAGGGCAUUUUGAUUACAAAUUAUAUUCAACUAUGUUUGCAGAGUGAUUGCUUUUUUUUAAUAAUUUGGACCCAUCAUCGAUUGAAAGCGCAGUAUUGAAAGUUUUAAAUGUAAGCAAAUAAUUGUAUAGAAAAGAAUGUGACUCUGAACUGAAAAAUUUGAAAACCAUCUGGCAACACUGAAAAUUGAUUCAACAUUUUGUAUGUACAGUGCUGUUCGAUAAACAUACAAAAUUGACAACUUUGUUCUCUUAAGAUCAAUUGUGCUGAAACGUUCGCCACAGAACUACAAAUAUGUUCAAGUUUACGAUUACAAAAUACCAUAUUUUUGGAAGCACGUGCCGGAAAGUGAGAUACUAGUUAAAAUUGUUCCAAAUAAUACUAGUUGUCAAGCAGGCUCAAUUGCUCAUUACAGCUAAAAUGCUAUUUUUCGGUAUUAUGAAACAAUGGGAUACUAUAAUGAUAUUUGAUAAGAUACAAGAAGUGGUAGAGUUUGUAUAUGAUAUUUAAAAUUUGUCAAAUUUGCUUUCAGAAGGUCACAACUAGCGAUCUCGUCCUUGGAAAUCGGUGGAUUUAGGCCGUUCUUAACCCUACAUUAACCGUAAAAUGCUCAAUAAUUACUACAAAGGAAUUAAUAAUGACUAAUCAAAUAAGCAUUUUCGAUGGAAAAUUGAACUACCCAUUAAAUAAGUAAAAUGAUACUCAUAAAUUGAUAAUUGUUAUUCAGUUUUAUAGCAACAGCUACUCAGAAAUGGGUACAAAAAUCACAUUUCAUGGGUAGUCCAAUUUUCCUUCAAAAAUGCGUACAUUUGGGUAGUCAUAAUUGAAUAUUUUCCGGUUACCGUGUACGUAGUCUGAGAUCAAUUAGCUAUUCGAGUGAAUCUUAUUUAACAAUCGAUAUUUUAGAAAAAAAAUGUGAUUAUGAGCUCAUGCUCCCAACUUCAUCAACUACGAAUAAGUGACAUACAUAGGACCAAGUGUGGACUCAAAUAGUUUAGUUUUCAUCAUGAUUCUCGUUUUCUUCAUAGAUGUUUUUUUUUAAACUUGUCGCAAUCAAAAUUAUAUUCAUCAAAGUCCACCAUCACAUGAUCAUAUUUUUUUUUAUUUCCGAAGACUAACUAGUAGGAUAGGUCAUCAUGAUCAUUUUUUCAGAACAAUGUUUUUUUGGUUCCAUUUGGGGUCCCAAACAACUGUGCAAAAUUUGGGACUGGGACUUGAGACUGAGUGUGAAAGCACUGCACUAUUCAAUCCAUUGCUCUGUGCAGACCGUUUGUACCAAACGGUAAAGGACGACACAAUGAAAGAGCCAACAAAAACAUUCAGUCACUCACGAGCAGGCGACGCACACUGCUUGCCUUCGCUCACACAGCAUGUAAUUGAGUCAUUUUUCCAUUGAAAAUGUACGCUCAGUUAUUCAAAACAAAUAUUGGGUCCAUCACGGCAGAAUAAACGUGUUGACUGAGCUACUGACUGAGUGCUCGGCUGUCAGUGACUCGUUUACCUCUCAAUCAUUCAGACUCUCAGGAGGCAGUGAAUGAUGAGGCAGAUGGCAGUUCAUAUUCAUAUCAAAAUGACUCAAUGAACCUGACUGUUUUGCGCACUGCUUUCCGCAUUGCGUUUGAAAUUUGUGUGGAAAUUAGUAUGGGAAAACCUACCUUUUUGCAUCUUUAUUACUAGGGACCAUAAUUUUGCACAAACUACACAUCUAAAUGCGUUAAAGUAUAGCCCAGGAAGUGCCUAAAAGCUUUGCUCAAGGAUGUAUUGUGCUAGAAUGCCCCUUAAAAAAGUUAUAGCUGUUCAAAGAGCAAUGUUUAGAAUUAAAUGUCAAAAAUCCCUUUUUCUACCAACACUGUACCAAUGAAAGUCCGACUCCAAAUUGAAAUAAUUUCGAAGUUAAUUAUUUUAUCGGUUUGGUAUGUUCAGAUGAAAUUUUCAAAAACAAUAGAUCUAUCUCAUAUGCGUAGUCGGAGGGGGGAUUGCGGGAGGGGGG